UUGGAAAUUGUACAUUCGCAUUUUGCUGAUCAGCAAGCCGGCGUAGCGGUCUCAGUUCAAUGUCGUGCUCAGAUCGCCAUAGCAUUCUAGCAAUGCAGCACUCACGUUACUGCACAUAAAUUGUUUUUAGUUCGACGUCACGUGAAAAGAAGGAUCAGGUUAUUGUAGGACUAUAAAGUGAAGAUAAAAAAGUCAAACUGGAUUCACAUCAGUUGAAAAGGAAGUUCUGUGCGUGCUGAUUAUGCACAUAAUGCGCCUGCGCUGAACAGUUUAGCCACAGAACUUUUAAGUCCCGCUACAGCGGUUUUUUCUGUCCUUUUCAUGUGCACGAUAAAACUAUGGCUUGGGAAAACAUAGAAAUAAUGUACACCGUCCUGGUGUUUCUCUGGGUCGUCUACAUAUGGGAAUCAUAUCUGGGAGCUAGACAGAGAGUAAAAUACGAGACAGUAAAAGAAGUGCCACACGAACUGAAGGAAGUGCUUGACCACGAGACAUUUGAGAAGGCCAGGCUGUACCAAUAUGACAAAAGCAAAUUUGGAUUUUGGUCGGGAUUAUAUUCUCAGUUGGAAACCACUGUUAUUCUUCUUUGUGGUGCACUACCAAUUGUAUGGCAUGCCAGUGGCAUUUUACUGACAAAGGUUGGCCUGGGAGAAGAAUAUGAGAUUCUGCAAUCCAUUGUGUUUAUGUUCUUGUGUAUGAUGUGGAGCACCAUAACUGGACUGCCGUGGAGUUUGUAUGGUACAUUUGUUAUAGAAGAAAGGCAUGGGUUUAAUAAGAUGACCCUGGGGUUCUUCUUUAAAGACACAGCCAAGAAGUUACUGGUCACUUGUCUUAUAGCAUUCCCUGUCACGGCUCUCCUUAUCUACAUCAUACAGAUUGGAGGAGAUUACUUCUUCAUAUAUUGCUGGGUUUUCACUUUUGUAGUGUCUUUGAUCUUGGUUACUGUGUAUGCAGACUAUAUAGCCCCACUGUUUGACAAGUUUACUCCACUACCUGAUGGUGAACUGAGAACCAAGAUUGAAGAGCUGGCAGCAAGCAUAGAGUUUCCUCUGUACAAGUUGUUUGUAGUUGAAGGUUCCAAACGCUCAUCACACAGUAAUGCCUAUUUCUAUGGCUUUUUCAAGAACAAAAGGAUUGUUCUGUUUGACACUUUGCUAGAAGACUAUGCUCCUGGGAACAAAAAAGAGGGUGAAGCUCCAGAGACUGCCACACCUGCUGACGGCAGUGGUGGAGAAGGGGAUGAAAAUAAAGCUGAGGCUGAAUCAAAAACUGAGGAAAAGAAGGAGGGAAGCACUGAGGAAAAGAAAGAAAGGAAAACUGGCUGCAACAAUGAAGAAGUAUUAGCUGUACUAAGUCAUGAACUUGGACAUUGGAAACUGAACCAUGUUUUGAAGAACUUGGUGAUAGGCCAGGUCAACACUUUCUUACUUUUCAUGGUGUUUGCUUUCCUGAUAAACAGGAAGGAACUGUUUACAGGAUUUGGAUUUGAUACCCAGCCAACACUGAUAGGGCUACUCAUCAUAUUCCAGUUCAUCUUCUCACCGUACAAUGAGCUCUUGUCAUUCUUCAUGACAGUUCUUAGCAGACGAUAUGAAUUCCAAGCAGAUGCCUUUGCUAAGAGCCUUCGCAGAGCUGAGCCUCUCAAGUCAGCCUUAGUGAAGUUGAACAAGGAUAAUCUAAGCUUUCCAGUGACAGACUGGUUGUACUCAAUGUGGCACUAUUCUCACCCUCCUCUUAUAGAGAGAAUGAGGGCUCUGGACAAGACAGAGUAGCUCUGAUAGCUUAACUCAGAACAAGACUAAAGACUUGAGAGAUAUGUGUAGGAUUUUAUUUGUGAGAUGUUGACAAACAAUUUGGAAGUGGUCUGCCAUGAGGCAUAUGAUGAUCAGUAAAUAAAAUGUCCAGUAUGUAAACAACAAAACAAAAGGUAUUAGAAUAAAGUUCAGUGACGAUUUUAGAGACUU